CGCAUCGAUUCUUUCAGCAUGCAGUUGCAGCGUCAUUGUGGGCCACUGUUUGAAUGAAGUUAGGAGACAGACAAAUCUUCCGCAUCACGAUUCACAUCCGGCCUUCGCAACUGCAGAGCUUUAAAAAAGACAAGAAAACAGAACGAUGCCCGUAUUUACAGUGAAUGUGAAAUGGGGAAAGGAGAAGUUUGACGCGGUGGAGCUAAACACAGAGGAGCCGCCAAUGGUGUUUAAAGCCCAGCUCUUCGCUCUGACAGGAGUUCAGCCAGAGAGACAGAAAGUCAUGGUGAAAGGAGGAACACUGAAGGAUGACGAGUGGGGAAAUAUCAAGCUGAAGAAUGGGAUGACCCUUCUGAUGAUGGGUUCUGCAGAUGCCUUGCCUGAAGAGCCUGCUGUACGACCCAUGUUUGUAGAGGACAUGACAGAGGAGCAGCUCGCAUCUGCUAUGGAGAUGCCAUGUGGAUUGACAAAUCUGGGCAACACGUGCUACAUGAAUGCAACAGUGCAGUGUCUGCACUCUGUGCCUGAGCUCAAAAAUGCUCUCCGGAGGUAUUCUGGUGCCUUGAGGUCUUCUGGAGCUAAUGCACCCUCCCAGUACAUCACAGCAGCUCUGCGUGAUUUGUAUGAGUCCAUGGACAAGACCUCCUCAAGCAUUCCACCCAUUAUUCUGCUGCAGUUCCUGCACAUGGCCUUCCCACAGUUUGCAGAGAAAGGAGACCAGGGCCAGUACCUCCAACAGGAUGCCAACGAGUGCUGGGUCCAGAUGAUGCGAGUCCUUCAGCAGAAAUUAGAACCUCUAGAACCAGAAACCCCAAUGGAGACUGCGACGGAGAGUGAAAGUGGAGCGGUUGCCGCUACAAAAAAGAAGAACUUCAUCGAUCAGUAUUUUGGUGUUGAAUUUGAGACUACUAUGAAGUGUACCGAGUCAGAGGAAGAAGAUCCAACCAAAGGCACAGAGAGCCAACUGCAGCUCAGCUGCUUCAUCAACCAGGAAGUCAAAUAUCUCGCCACUGGACUCCGACUGAGGCUACAGGAGGACAUCACAAAAUUAUCUCCUUCCUUACAAAGAAAUGCCCUCUAUAUCAAAUCGUCUAAAAUCAGCCGUCUCCCGGCGUACUUGACGGUUCAGAUGGUCCGCUUCUACUACAAAGAAAAAGAAUCUGUGAAUGCCAAAGUCCUUAAGGAUGUUAAAUUUCCUCUAAUGCUGGAUGUCUAUGAGCUGUGCACUGCUGAACUUCAAGAGAAGAUGGUUUCCGUGAGGUCAAAGUUCAAGGAGAUGGAGGACAAGAAACUGGAGCAGCAGACGAAAGUGAAUCAGAAGGUUGUGGUAUCUAAAGACACUAAAUAUGAACCUUUUUGUUUUCCUGACGACUUUGGCUCAAACAAUAGCGGUUACUAUGAUCUGCAGGCGGUUCUGACACACCAGGGGCGAUCCAGUUCAUCUGGCCACUAUGUUGCUUGGGUUAAAAGGAAAGAAGAUGAAUGGGUGAAGUUUGACGAUGACAAAGUCAGUGUUGUAACACCAGAGGACAUCCUAAAGCUGUCUGGUGGUGGCGACUGGCAUAUAGCAUACGUUCUUCUGUAUGGCCCACGACGUCUGGAAAUACUUCAGGAGUAACAGUGGUUCACAGAAGAAACUUAAAGUAUACAUAAUUGCCAUUUCAAAGCACUGUCUGUAUAGAUGUGCAAUAAAUCCUGGUGUCUUUAAAAACCUGACCUUAAUAUUUUCUGAACUCUUAAUGCAUCAACACAUGUGAGUUGAGUGUUUCUUUUUCCCCCCUUUUCCAUGGAUGAUAGAUUUGAUUGAAGCAAUUGCUGGAUACCCCUAUCCUUGUUUGGACUUGGAGCAAUUAUUUUCUAAAUGCAUUGGUUAUUUUUUAAGCCUCUGUAAAGGUUUUCAUGCUUGGUAUCCCAUAUCCCACAGCAGUCAUUUCUGGAGAUGUAGAUAAUUGGUUCAUGAAUGAUAUUCUUGGCCAAGUUUUGGACAUUUUACAUCAAGAUGAGGGUGUAUGAUAUGGGAGGGGGGGUCAUCAAGGAUAUGUUGUGUGAUGCAAGGCCUGGUUUGAAUAUCAAAGGUGGAUUUUGUUACUGAAGCAUUUGAGGAGGAUGGCUUCUUGCUCAAAACCCUCCUAUCGUCAAGCUACCAUGCAACAAACGCCAUUGUAAUUUCUGUCCUGUAAUACUCAAAUACAGUAAUGUAAUAAGUUAUUGACUGCUGGCUUUUUAUAAUCAGUGAAAACAAAUAAACAUGCCAAUUAUACUCUUGGCUGUUACUU